AAUCCAAAUUGAUUACUCAGGAUAAUGUUCGCAUAAUCGAUGAUUGGUUUUAAUCUUCUUAAUAACAUUUUUUCAAACAAUUUGGAGAGAGUUGAUAGAAAGGAAAUCCGACGAUAGGACUUUACGUUAUUGGGCUACUUCACAGGUUUUUGGAGCAUUAUGAUUUUUGCUACUUUCUUUAAGUAAUUCCUCAGUUUUCAUUAUGCGAUUUAAUUAUUUAAUUAUUGGGCUUAAAGAUAUUCGCCAAGUGUACUGCAAACGUUACAGCUUUAUCCUUGUUGUCUUUAGCCCAAGAACCGUUGCCCUUUUCUGAUUGGAGGGAUUUGGAAAAUCGGUUUCUUCAGGUACUUUGUAGCCCUUCACAGAGAGUAUUCAUUCCUUUCGUUAGCAGAUAAAUUUUCUAAAUAAUUGUUUGUCGAGAUUUCUACUAUUUCAAGAUUUCUCGUUUCAGCUGCAAAAAUUAACCCAAUUAAAUUAAACUUUCUGACAUUCUGCUGGCUUUUCAUUCCCUUCGUUUUUAAAGCUGAGAAUGCUACACUUCAUAAAAAAAAUUCCAAAAAUAAUCUCAUAUAAAAAUUUUACUACACUGGGUUAUUUUUUAUUUCAGUUUAGAUAAAAAUUCACAGCUGUUAAUCAAAAAGUGAAAACAUAUUUAAAAGGUCUUGUCUUCAUAUGAGGCCGUUCCGUACCAAUGGGUAUAGUUAGACAGUUGUUUAUAUGUCAAAGUCAGGAUAUUAGCUGUCGUGCUUAUAGGUUAUUGUUAAUCGACAUUUUAAAGCAAAAUGUUACAAUUGCAGAAUAAUUGUAUAAGAAAUAUAUUCAAAGUUUUUCAAAUAAAUAGACAUAAUUUUUUACGCUCAACAAAUGAAACCACAUUAAACCAAGUUUAUCAGAAUUUUCAUAAAAUUUGCGUAGCAAAUAAACUCAAAAUUAAUAAAUGCAAUUUUUGUUCAAAACCAGUGUACGAUGUUAAUACAAAUGUUGUUAAGGAUGUUGUAAUAUUUAAAUAUGAGAAUCCCAAAUUUUUCAAAGUGAUAAAUCUAUUCGGACUUUCGCAAUUUUUCUUUUGGACUUAUCUGUCUCAUUUUGCAUUUACAACUUUGAGGGAUGCUCCUGUUGAUGAAACAAUUGCAAAAGAAGAAGUGUGGUAUAAGAGAAUUAAUUUGGGGGAAAAUAAGUUUCGAAAUGCUCUUACAAUAUUUUCUUUUCUAAUUGGAUAUGGUGUAUUGACAGCUGCUUGGCUUUUCACUCUACGAUCUGUUAGGUUUUUGGUGCUAAAGAAAGGUGGAAAAUCGAUUAGUUUGGUUACUUAUAGUCCGUUCGGCGAAAACAGAAUUAUGACAGUGCCUCUUAAUUGCGUAUCUGCAGAAACAUCUCGUGAAUCAGCCAAAGUUCAACUACCACUCAAAAUAAAAAAUAGAAAACUUUUUUAUAUAUUAGAUAUGAGAGGUGAAUUCACAAAUCCAAGAUUAUUUGAUUAUACAGUAGGCUUAAAGAGAAAAUUAAACUAAUAUUUUUUAAGGAUAUUGAAUGUAUAAUGUAUUAAUAAAACAUUAAAAGUUAAUAAAUUGGCGCAGGUCUUUGCGUUAUUAAUAGUCCAAAUCUUUUUUUUAUAGUUAACCUUUGCCUUGAAUAUUUAU